AUGAGACGCCGCCUGGCGGCAACACCACCUUUAGGAGAACAAAUGGAGAAGGGGCAAGGCAAGAAUCAACAAUCACGGCUAUGUUUAUUAGUUUCAUUAUCAGUUUUGUUUUGGACCUUAUUGUUGUAUUUCCAUUAUGGGGUACUUGGAUGUAGUAGGGUUGUUGAUAGCUUGAGCACAUUAUCACCAAAAACUGAAUCUUCAAAUACUCGGAUGAGUAAUUCCAACCAGAUCCUUGUUAGUCUCCCCAUCACCAUUGAGCGUCCUAGAGUUGAUGGUGGCUAUGAAAAAGAAAAAUCAGUUAAUAAUGUAUCGAAAGAUGAAAGUGUAAAUAAUGUGAAGGCGGAAGGUGUGAGAGCGCCACCAGUUAUUAGCCAUUUGGAUAGUCAUGAGGUGCAGAAUUAUCCUUUUAUGAGGGCGCUGAGAACAAUAGAGAAUAAGAGUGAUCCGUGUGGAGGGAGGUAUAUUUAUGUUCACGAUCUUCCUCCAAAGUUCAAUGAGUUAUACGAAUUCCUCACAUUCUCGGACAGCCUUUGGACAAAUAUGUGCAAGUUCACUACAAAUGCUGGGCUUGGUCCGCCAUUGGAGAAUGUUGAAGGUGUGUUCUCGAACACUGGGUGGUAUGCAACUAAUCAGUUUGCAGUGGAUGUGAUCUUUAGUAAUCGGAUGAAGCAAUUUGAGUGUUUAACAAAUGAUUCAUCUCUUGCUGCUGCUAUUUUUGUGCCUUUCUAUGCCGGUUUUGACAUUGCUAGGUAUCUUUGGGGGCAUAACAUAUCGACAAGGGAUGCUGCGUCUGUUGCUUUAGUUGAUUGGCUCAUGUCGAGGCCAGAAUGGAGCAUAAUGGGAGGAAAGGAUCAUUUUCUUGUCGCGGGUAGGAUAACUUGGGAUUUUAGGAGACUGAGUGACCAUGAAUCUGACUGGGGGAACAAACUCCUGUUCUUGCCGGCUGCCAAAAACAUGUCCAUGCUGGUGGUGGAGUCGAGCCCCUGGAAUGAGAAUGACUUUGGCAUCCCUUAUCCAACCUACUUCCAUCCCGCACGGGAUGCCGACGUGUUAAUUUGGCAGGACCGAAUGAGGAAUCUGGAACGCAAGUAUCUUUUCUGUUUUGCUGGUGCACCUCGUCCAGACAAUACCAAAUCAAUCAGGGGCCAGAUCAUUGAUCAGUGUAAGAAAUCUAAGGUGUGCAAAUUACUCGAGUGCGAUUUUGGAGAGAGCAAGUGUCACUCUCCUAGCAGUAUCAUGCAGAUGUUUCAGAGCUCUCUUUUCUGCCUGCAGCCUCAGGGCGAUUCAUAUACGAGAAGAUCAGCAUUUGACUCCAUGUUGGCUGGUUGUAUACCUGUGUUCUUCCAUCCCGGAUCAGCCUACACGCAGUACACCUGGCAUUUACCGAAGAAUUAUUCGCAAUACUCUGUUUUCAUUCCAGAGGAUCACAUUCGGAAGAGGAAUAUCAGCAUAGAGCAAACACUCAGUCUAGUUUCUCCCGAGAAGGUAAAGCAAAUGAGGGAGGCAGUUAUAAAUCUCAUCCCUCAGCUGAUAUAUGCUGAUCCUCGUUCUAAAUUGGAAACUCUCAAAGACGCCUUUGACGUAGCCGUUCAGGCAGUUAUUGACAAAGUUACAAGGUUGAGGAGGGACAUCAUCAAGGGGUGUAAAGAUGAUAAUUUUAUCGAGGAGCUUAGUUGGAAAUAUGCUUUAUUAGAUGAAGGUCAAGAGAUAGGACCUCAUGAAUGGGAUCCAUUUUUCUCUAAACCGAAGCCUGGGAAUGCAGAUUCUGAUAGUUCAUCAGCUGAUGCAGCUAAAAAUUCUUGGAAGAAUGAGCAAAGACAACAUUCAUGA